CUUCUCUGUUCCUGGAGAUCUCACUUCUGCCGGUGAUGAAUCAAGGCCUCCUAUUCGACUGCCGAUCACCAGCCAAGACUUAAGCAUAUUUCUUAGUCUAUUCUUGAGUGCACCUUAAUCCCCUUCUUAUCCUAUGAGAGCAGAGAUGGCGCUGGGAGGAGCCGACGAGAGCACGCAGACUUGAGGGGUCCUUAUCAGACUGCGCUUUGUGGGACGUUAGAGAGUACAAAGUGAACGGAAUGCCAUAAGUAUCGUCGUACAGUCUUUGUCCAGUGACACGAGAACUGCAAUCAGUACUUCAGUAUAAUCUCUAAUCAUGGCUUCGUUCUCUAAUGUCGUUCUCGCCUCUAUGGCAUUCAUGCAAGUCGUUCUGGCUGGUUCCCCAAAGACAUGCUCAAACCCAACGUUGUCCUGUCAUAACACCACUGCUGUGGCUGAUACUUGCUGCUUCAAUGCGCCAGGAGGUCAACUACUCCAGACGCAAUUCUGGGAUACAAGCCCAAGCACGGGCCCCUCAAACUCGUGGACAAUUCAUGGUCUAUGGCCUGAUCACUGUGAUGGGACGUACGACUCCAAUUGCGAUGCCUCACGAGCAUACACCAACAUCACAGCCAUCCUUCAGUCCUACGGCAAGACUGAUCUGCUUUCAUACAUGAACGCUUAUUGGGUCGACAUCGAUGGCGACAAUGAAAGUUUCUGGGAGCAUGAGUGGGGGAAGCAUGGUACUUGUAUCAGUACUCUCAAGCCUAGUUGUUACACUGGAUACACUGCCCAGGAGGAAGUCCCAGACUUCUUUCAAAAGACUGUGGACUUGUUCAAGACGCUUGACAGCUAUACUGCUUUAGCAAAUGCAGGCAUCGUCCCAUCAUCCAGCGCAACUUACACCGCAGCUGCCAUUCAAAGCGCAUUAAAAGCAUCCUUCGGCUACGCAGUCACAAUCCAAUGCGCAUCAGGUGCUCUCGACGAGAUCUGGUAUUCAUACGACGUCUUAGGCUCUGUACAAACAGGAACCUUCCAGCCUGCGGCCCCAGUCGGACAAUCGUCCAGCUGUUCUUCGACUGGAAUCAAAUAUUUGCCAAAGUCAGGCGGUAGCACGGUGACCUCGACUAGUACCGGAACCAAGACUAGCACGACUCCUACUUCUACUCCUACAGGCAGUUUCUCAGGCUCGGGAUAUCUCAAUGCUUAUACUGGUGGCUCGCAAGAUGGAUGUCUCAUCAGUGCGGGCACGUGGUAUACUUCUGGGACAUGUGCUACGUAUACGGCUGCAGCUUCCGGAUCUGGCUUCACCCUAAAGUCCUCGAAAGGAAGCUGUGGGAUCUCGAGCGGCACAUUCACGUGUGCAUCUGGCGUUACUGCGACUGUAUUCACGGCAAGCAAUGGAUUGCUGGCAUACAACGGAGCGACGACUUUCUAUGCCACAGCUGUUCCAAGUGGCUCAACUCAAGCAACAGUUUACACCUCUUCAAAGAGCGUGAGCGUGACAUUUCAGUGGGAGAGCAUUUAAGAUUAAAUAUUGCAUCUAAAUAAACAUAAAUAUAAACACGAUUUGACUUGGG